AUGGCUCCGGCGUUGGACAUACGUCCCUCAACGUCGAAGAACCGGGCACCGCCGCGGAAUGACAGCUGCCCCGCCUUGGGGUCCCUGCCGACGGAUGCAAUUGCCCAUAUGCGGAGCGAUCGGGGCUUGGCCCGGCGCCCGCAUCGCAUGUGGUCCCAGGUCGAGAUCGAGAAGCUGCAGCUUCUAGACCAGAACACACGCGACAUGCUCGGGCAGGCCUCCAAGGACUUCCAUCUGCCGACCUUGGAGAGCGACCCCCUCCCGCCUGCGCGGAAAUCGUUGGCGGGCUCCAAGAUUCUGUCACCAGACCUGCUUGAUGAUAUGUCCGCCCUCCGUGCCAUUAGCAAGGGGAAGCGGUCCACUGCUAUGCUGGACGUGGCUGGCUACAGCAACAACGACUUCGACGACUUAGGGGAGGAGCUCCCGCUGGACGAGACCAUAGCACGGCUCAAGGACAUCCAGCUGUCAUCGAUGGACCCCAGGCUGAUGCUUGCCAUUUCAGGCAUCGUUGGCGAGCUUCAGGCAGGCGUUUGCCAGGUUCGCUUCCAUGAGGAUGGCUCUUUCGAGCGAUUUGUGACACUGCAUGCGCUGCGCAUCUUGCGGCCGGUAGACAAUCAUGUCCUCAUCCAGGUAGGGAGAUGGAGACCACGGCACAGCUUUAUGCCGUUCUGUGUCUACCCUGGCUCCAAGCGGCCCUCUGCGAAAGAUUUCGUUACCUUCAUCGACUUCCUUAUGAGAGAGUUGAAGCCACUGCUGGGUGGUCACUUCUUGGAGAAGUCAGGCAGUUCCUCAGAGGUUUUCAAGGACAGCUCGCGGCAGUUUGGAGAAAUUCCCACGACGUAUCGACGCAUGUUGCAGCACGUGAAGCUGAAGCCGCGCACUCCGGGAAGGAAAAGCUU